AUGAGUUUCUUUUAUCAGAAAGCUGAUGAAUUGGAUACCUGGGAAAAACAACUGAAGCGUCUCUACUCAUCUCUUCUGGCGUUGGUAUCUGGAGAUAAUGACUUAGCAAACGCUAAGGUUGGUUUAUCCCGUUCAAUUCUUCUUUUGGCCAAUGUGGAUGAAAAUACCGGUUUAGCUCAAGCACUUCAUCAGUUAGCCGACACAGAAGGACAUGUUGCAGAGCUGCAUGCUUUACAGGCGGAAGCGCACACGUGUCAUUUAGCGGAGUAUACGAAAGAAGUGUUGGGUAUGGUUCAAGCGUGUAAAAAGAGUGAGUGUCGUAGUCCUGUGGUGCCAAUUCACACAAGCAAAAGAUGUGUCAGAAUAUUCAGACAAUUUGUUCACAAGCUUCAAUGGUGUUUGUCGUUGGUUUCAUCCAGAAAAAAUAUGCAGUUGGCUUAUUUCUAUUCUCCGUAACAAUUAAAUUCAUGAGACCCUGACAUCCACAUGAAUCAUCUUCACCAGUAGGAUCUUCAAAAGCACUUUACUAGAAUUAUCAAGUGCCUGAAACCUGAUUUAUGCGUCCAGAAAGAAGCGGUUACCAGCCUUUCCUUGCCGUGUCUAGUAAUUGGAUAUUUUCGCCUCUCUUUCCUCCGAAUGUGAAAUGCUAAAAGUUUCCAUUGUGUUUGAUUAUUAUUGUUGUUCGGAAUAGUGGUUAAUAUUGCAUAUUUAUAUAUGUAUAUAUUUUUAGUGUAUGAGUAUAUUGAUCGAUUGAUUUUUGUUUAAACUGAACUCUGUACAAGUACGUUAAAAUUGUUUUUGUGGAUAUAUUUAUUAAUGUCUUUGCCAUGUAAGCAGCUGACAAGAAGGCAACGAAAUAAAAGAUGACAUGACUUUAUUCUGCUACAACUUUAGUUCUUGCUUUGUUCAAAUUCAUUAAGGGGAAUAAAUGUAUGAAAUUAUCAAGACAACUGUUACAUUUGGUUUGUUUUGAGGAAUCUCCGAUGCAGUAUAACCGAUUUUUCUCAUCUUUAUCUGAAAGAUCAGUGUCAGUUACUUGUUAAUGCGUGUAAAAUAAUAUUCUUUAAACUGGCUGAAUACAAAUGGACCCAGAGAUAAACGGUCGUAAUUACCAUCUUAUGUGUAAGCUUUCAUGGAUUACGCCAGCAGAUUUAAUUGCCAUUGUUCAGAUUAUAAGCCAAAAAAAAAUAUUUAGAAGCUAACUGGUGGAUGGUAACUAGCAGUGGCAUCCAGGAUGC